AUGCGUUUUAUCAUCUUGUCUGCACUCGUUUCCUUGGGCGCUUCGCACAGCAUCAAGUUCAAGACGACCGAAUCGGUAUCGGACGCUGGAAGUUACAUCGUCAAGCUCAGAGCAGACGCUACUACUUCCGCGGUAGACAGCCUCAGGGCUUCUCUACAGGCCACAGCAAGUCAUGAAUACGCCAUGCCCGGUUUUCGAGGAUUUGCAAACUCUCUGACAGCAGAAGAGGCAACGCGUCUGAAGAACUCUAACCAGAUCGAGUAUAUCGAAAAGUCCACAAGAUUCCACUCCAACGCAAUCGUCACGCAGGAGGAUGCACCAUGGGGCCUAUCCCGUAUCUCAAGCAACGAGACGAAUGGCACUACAUAUACAUACGACGACACCGCUGGCAAAGGCACUUGCGCAUACGUCGUCGACACCGGCAUUUACAUCGAGCAUCCUGAAUUCGAAGGCCGCGCAACCUUCCUCGUCGAUACUAGUGGCGAAGACAACCUCACCGACCCCUACGGCCACGGCACCCACAACGCCGGCACAAUCGGGUCCAAGACAUACGGCGUCGCGAAAAACACCAAACUCUACGCAGUCAAAGUUCUUGAUUCAGAGGGCGAUGGGACGAUCGAGGGUAUCGUUGCUGGCCUCGAUUUCCUCGUCAACAACCGCACCCAAGACUGCCCGAAGGGAAGUGUGGUGAACAUCAGUCUAGGAGGAACAUUCAGCCAGGCUUUGAAUGACGCUGUCAAAGCCGUAGUCCAAAGCGGCAUGUUCGUCGCCGUCUCCGCAGGCAACGAAUUCGGCGACGCCCGCGACGUCUCGCCUGCCAGCGAGCCGAGCGUAUGUACAGUCGGCGCCACGACGAUUAACGAUACGAUUGCGGAAUUUUCGAAUACGGGGCCGGUCGUGGAUAUCCUCGCCCCCGGCGUAGACGUCCUGAGCACCUGGAACAACGGCUCGACGGCGGUCAUCUCGGGCACGAGUAUGUCCGCGCCACAUGUUGCUGGGCUGGGCGCAUAUUUGCUCGGCGCGGGAACUGGCGGCAGGUGGAGAGUUUGUGCGAGACGAUUCAGGGGCUGGCACUGA